AUGAUAGAACAAGUUCCGAAAUAUGCAAAAUUUCUCAAGGAUGUAUGUUUGCAUAAGAAGAAAUUAAUGGGGAAUGAACUAGUUAGCAUGGGAAAAAAUGUUUCAGCCUUUAUUCAACCCAUUCCUCAGAAGUGUGAUGAUCCAGGAGUUUUCACCGUGCUAGGUACUAUUGGAAAUUAUGUGUUUGAGGACGCUAUGCUGGAUUUAGGAGCUUCUAUUAAUGUAAUGCCGAAAUCAGGUUUUCUAUCAUUGGGUAUUGGUCCUCUACAGCCUACGGGAGUUGUUAUUCAGUUGGCCAACCGUAGUCAAGCUCAUCCAACUGGAGUGAUUGAGAAUGUUUUGGUUAAAGUGAGUGACCUUAUAUUUCCAGCUGAUUUUUACAUUUUGGAUAUGGAAGGUGAUGUAUUAAUGAAUAGAGCUCCAAUCAUUUUAGGUAGACCAUUCCUUAAGACUGCCAGAACUAAGAUUGAUGUGCAUGCGGGAACUCUAUCUAUGGAGAUUGCUGAUGUAGUUGUUCAAUUUAGUAUUUUUGAUACGUUGCAACAAAAGAAGAGCCAUUCUAUUUUUAGUGUUUAUAAAUCCGAAUGGCUGGAUACUAUGGAUUUUCUUAUUGAUGAAGAUUCUGAUGAAGUUAUCUCAGACUCUAAUGAAUUGGGAUGUAAAUCUAAACAUUCUGGAGGUUGUAUUGAUAACAGGGAAAUAGUUGAGGAAAUUUCAAAGGACAUUUCAGAGGAAGUUGUGAAGCCAGUGAGACAACCAAAGGAACUGAUUAACCCAUCGAAUUCUUUUUGUGUUAGCAAUAUUUUUUCUAAUGGUGUUAUAGAGAUGCAGGAGGUGUCUACUGGUCAACCUUUCAAAGUGUAUAGCAACCAACUUAAGAAAUUUCUUCGAGGGAGGAAAUGA